AUGGCAUCCAACGGCUGGGGCUGGGGCAACCUCUUCGGCGGCAACGCCAAAGCGACAAAGGACACCACCAAGAAUGCGAUCUUAGGGCUGCGGGGCACGUUGGAUAUGCUGGCGAAGCGGGAGCGACAUUUGCAGAAUCAGAUGGACGAGCAGGACAACGUGGCACGGAAGAACGUGAGCUCGAACAAGGGAGUCGCAAAAGCAGCUUUACGGCGGAAAAAAGCAUUCGAACACCAGUUGGAGCAAACACAAUCUCAGAUGAUGACUGUGGAGCGGGAGAUCAGCAGCAUUGAGACCGCCAACAUCAACAAAGAAACGCUCGACGCCAUGAAGAAUGCACAACAGGCCAUGAAGAAGAUCCACGGCGGACUUACGAUCGACAAGGUGGAUCAGACGAUGGAGGAGCUGCGGGAGCAACAUGCGGUCGGAGAAGAGAUUGCCGAGGCAUUAACACAAGGAGCGGUUGGGAACGCUGUGGACGAGGACGACCUGGACGAAGAACUGGCGGAACUGCAACAGGAGGAGCUGGACAACAAGAUGCUGAAGACGGGCAGCAUGCCAGUCAGCGAUCAGAUCCAGCGAAUGCCAAACGCGGCAGUGGGAGAGCCCAGGUCACGAGUCGAAGAGGACGACGAGGAAGAAGAGCUCAAGAAGCUGCAGGCUGAGAUGGCGAUGUAG